GCAAAAAAGGAAUCUGAUCUUAAUGGAGCUCAAGUCAAGAUCAGAGAAUUUGAAGCAGCUCUCAACUCUAAAGAAGCUGCACUGGCCACAGCUCUUGGUGAUAAGAAAAGCCUGGAGGGGGAUCUUGAAGAUUUAAGAGAUCAGAUGGCACAGCUUGAAAUUUCCUUAGGUGCUGCCAAGAGUCAGCUUGCAGACGAAACUUUACUGAAGGUGGAUCUUGAAAAUCGUUGUCAGAGCCUGAUUGAGGAUUUGGAAUUCCGUAAAAAUAUGUAUGAGGAGGAAAUCAAUGAAACAAGAAGAAAACAUGAAACUCGCCUAGUUGAAGUUGAUUCUGGGCGUCAAAUUGAGUAUGAACACAAACUUGCUCAAGCACUUCAUGAAAUAAGGGAGCAGCAUGAUGCACAAGUCAAACUAUACAAAGAAGAGCUGGAACAGACUUACCAUGCCAAACUUGAGAAUGCUAGACUGUCCUCUGAGAUGAGCACUUCUACAGCCAAUUCAGUAAGAGAAGAACUGACAGAAAGUCGUAUGCGUAUUGAAAAUCUGUCUUCCCAGCUUGCCAGCCUUCAGAGAGAGUCUAGAGCAUGGCAAGAUAGAAUGCAAGAGCUUGAGGACACCUUGGCUAAGGAAAGGGAGAACUGUCGCAGAAUGCUCUCUGACAAGGAGAGGGAAAUGGCGGAGAUAAGAGAUCAGAUGCAGCAGCAAUUGAAUGACUAUGAACAACUUCUGGAUGUUAAACUGGCCCUGGAUAUGGAAAUCAACGCGUACCGGAAAUUGCUGGAGGGUGAAGAAGAGAGGCUGAAACUUUCUCCUAGUCCAUCUUCUCGAGUGACAGUUUCAAGGGCUUCAUCAAGCCGCAGUGUACGUACAACCAGAGGAAAGAGGAAGAGGAUCGAUGUGGAAGAAUCUGAAGCCAGCAGUAGUGUCAGCAUUUCCCAUUCAGCUUCUGCCACAGGAAAUGUCUGUAUUGAAGAGAUAGAUGUUGAUGGAAAGUUCAUCCGUUUGAAGAACACUUCUGACCAGGAUCAACCUAUGGGAGGUUGGGAGAUGAUCAGAAAAAUAGGAGACACUUCUGCUAUUUACAAAUAUACCUCAAGAUAUGUGCUAAAAGCAGGACAGACAGUUACAAUUUGGGCUGCAAAUGCAGGAGUAGUUGCUAGCCCUCCCACUGACCUCAUCUGGAAGAACCAGAAUUCUUGGGGCACUGGUGAAGAUGUCAAAGUUGUACUGAAAAAUUCUCAGGGAGAGGAGGUUGCUCAGAGAAGCACUGUCUUUAAAACAACCUUACGUGAAGGUGAGGAAGAUGAAGCUGAGGAAGAAGCAGUUGAAGCUGUGGAGGAGGAGGACCUGUUCCAUCAGCAGGGAGAGCAAAGGGGAUCUAAUAGAAGCUGCGCAAUCAUGUAAACUCCUCCAGUCACUAACUUCCUCAAAGUAUGGUAGUCCUUACCGACAGGACAGAGCCUUCUCAGAAGCACAACAUAUUUUUGUAUUUCCUUUAUGUGAAUUUUUAAGCUGCAAGUCUGAUAGCCUUAAUUUCCUUUGUCACUGAAAAGGAAGUUUUGUAAAAGAAAUCGUUAUCUGUAACUUUCUUGUAAGAUGUGAAUUAUUGAAACAGAACUACGUACUGCUUGAAAAAUGACAUCUCCCCCCACACAACUUUUAUGCCAGUCAUUUUUUAAACCUCAUUGGAAGGGGAACAUGCCACUGUGUUUUGGGGUUUGUUUUUCUUUUUAGAUUACACCACUUAGACUAGCCAUCUGCUGUUGACCUUUUUAUAUUUAGGUGCUGUUGGGGAAGGGGAAGACAUUUUCAAUACUAUGAACUUUUUUGUACUGAAGAUCUCUCUUUUUUUUUCUACAAUGUGAUCAAGGUUGCAAAAUUUUUUAUARAAAAGAGCAGCUUGUUUAAAAAGAACAGAACAUAGCCCAGCUGAUCAUGUAAGUACUCAGAGGAUGAAGGAUGCAGCAAAACUUGUUUUUAUUGGUACUUUCUUCUUUACUUAUAUUUCUUAUUGAGCAAGGGGAUUCAUGUUAAACGCGUUAGUUGUUUUUAAGGUAGUGUAACCAGCUUAAAUUUCC